AUGUUGCACGCGUUUGUUGUGAACGGAUGGAGUGCGACAAAGGAAGUGUCGACUGACGAGCGGUCUACAGCAGCAAUGACGGAGAAGGUCGCGACACUGAUCAGCAUUCCACUAGAGCGUCAGUUUCUUCGUACGAGCGUGAGCUCACCACUCGGCUGUGGCAGGCUGGCUUUGUAG